AUGACGACUGACUUAUUAUCUGAUUGCAUCGAAGAGAUUAGGAGAGCCGAUUUCGUGGCUUUGGAUUUAGAAGAGUACUAUACACACUGUUCGCAGUCGGUGGAGAAGUUCAUGGCGGUGCAGCUGGGUGUGUGUUGUGCACGGCGGCUGGAUUCGAACUCGCGUGAACAGGUUUCGGGACGGCGGUCACCCGAACCAGCGGGGGACCCGGAACACACUGCGGUAGGGGGGGAUGACGGCCGAGCGGAACGGACCGGGAAGCGCCGCCGGGGACGACGGAAACGGUCGGACGAGUCUCCGAGACCGGACGCGGAGCUAGAACCGGACGCGGAGGCUCACCAGGCGCCAGCUUCCGGCCAGGCGCCAGCUUCCGGCCAGGCGCCAGCUUCCGGCCAGGCGCUAGCUUCCGGCCAGACACCAGCUUCCGGCCAGGCGCCAGCUUCCGGCCAGGGACAGGAUUCCGGCCAGGGACAGGAUUCGAAUCAGGGUUCUGGAGAUUUCCUUUCGGGUGGUUUGGGUGACGUUAUAGCUGAUGGCGCGUUGGGCGGUGUGUUACAUGACGGUGCAAGUCGGUUUGUAUUGUGUCCAUACAACUUCCACUUGUACCCGCGAGACCGACGGACGGUGUUUGGGUGUGAUAGCUUAUGUUUAUCAUGGCUACAGGAGCAAGGCUUUGAUUUGAACCGGUGGGUACAUGAUGGGCUAGAUUACGAGCGGUUGCAGGAUGUUACUUGUGUGUAUAAAUCGGUUGCAGAUUCAGUCAAAUUGAAUGGUGCUCAGCGUAUCAUCGAGACAAUAAUCGAGUAUGGGAAGCCGGUGGUGUUGCACAAUGGUUUGCUGGAUUUGUUACAUGUGUAUGACAAGUUCAUUGCACCGCUACCGGAGACGUUGACAGACUUCGGUAAGGAGAUCGUUCGUUUAUUUCCGGGUGGUAUCUAUGAUACUAAACGUAUAGCUGCGGAAGGUCGCGAAUUUGUAUUCCCGCGACUUGGAUCCAACCGUGGAGCAACAAGUCUAGACAGUCUCCGCUUCCUUCUACAUACACACGGAUCGAAGGUCAAAUGUAUCCUAGACCCACAUUCCCUCUACAUACUCAAUGAUCCUAUCCGACCCACUCAUCCUCCCACUCAUACUCCCACUCAUCCUCCCACUCAUCCUCCCACCCAUCCUAACCAGAAGUCAAUUGCAAAGGGCGAUAACUCCCCAACAAGUAAUGAAUCAAAACGGAAGCAUUCUGGAGAGGGAGGACAAAAAGAAGGGGCCAAUAAAAAGGCUAGACUCGCCACCGCCAAAGAACAUGAGGCCGGCUAUGACUCACUCAUCACGAUGCACCUCUUCUUACUCGAACUUGAAGCCGUACACCAACAAGAUAAACACUCAUCCUUCGCAAUACCCGACGAUUGGAGUUCAAUGACGUUAAUGAAAUCCGUGCGCGACAAGUUAGAAGUGGCAAACAUCGCACCGGGUUUCGUGGACCUGGUCGCACAUCGUUCGAAAAUACGCGCCCGUAUGCAAACCAAUGUUCAAAGAUCCGCAGUCACUGGCGAGGAAAUUCUUAGCGCUCCACUCUUCAAGAAUGUCAAGAAAGAUCUUUGA